AUGACUGAGGAUGCAUUCAGAAAGAAAUUCAGAUCUUCAAAACCUGAUGGUAGUGAAACCUUUAUUCAGUUUUCAACUAGACUUGAAAGUUACAUGGAACGAUGGAUGGAGUUAUCGAAAACAGUUAAGACUUAUGAAGAGCUCAAAGACUUGAUGUUACGUGAACAAUUCAUUUUGUGUUGUAACAAAGAACUUUCCUUAUUCUUGAAGGAACGAAUUCCUCCUUCUAUUCAGGAUAUGGCCAGAUAUGCUGAUCAGUAUGUUGAGGCGAGAGCAACUUGUUCAUCAGCUGUUACCCAAAGACCGAUCUUCGACAAGAAAGUUUCCUUUGGAAAGCAAUUAUCUUUUCCAAGUUCUAGUGAAGGAACCAAAACCAGUGGUGGAAUCAAGUGUUUUUAUUGUGAUAAAUAUGGACACAAGCAGUUUGAUUGUCCUUUGAGGAAGUCAUCAGCAAUUAAGACAAACACACAGGAAAAAUUUGAUAGACCACAGAAACCACAACAGGGAUUCAACAAAAAUGGACGUCGCUUUUCGCAAGGAAAGAACACGACUCUUCUCAUGUUGGUGCGCAUAAGACGCAAAGUGACAUUAAUUCAGUUGAUGAUGGAGUGA